AUGGUUGGGGAACGUGGAGUAUGCUUAAGCGGAGGUGAAAAGCAACGAAUUGCUAUAGCUCGAGCACUCAUCGACAAUCCAAAAAUAUUACUGUUAGAUGAGGCAACCUCGGCGCUGGAUAAUUUAAACGAAGUAAUUGUACAACAAGCACUGGAUAAAGCUAGUAAAGAAGGACGCACAACAAUAACCAUAGCGCAUCGUUUAUCAACAAUACGCAAUGCUGAUUGUAUAUAUAUUAUUGCUAAUGGUGGUAUUAUAGAAUAUGGUAAUCAUGAGCAAUUAAUGUUAAACAAACUUGGUCACUAUUAUCAGAUGGUUCAGACACAAACUUUAUCAAGUGUUGUUAUUGAUGAUGAAAAUACAUUAACCGGUGUUCUGAAUCAGUCGACUGUCGACGAACAAGAUAAAGCAAGCAGAUAUCAGCAUUAUAUAUCAGGAAAUAUGGAAAGUGAUAAACUUGAACGCGUUACAACUGAAUCAAAUAAUAGUGGACAGAACGAGUUUCUGUUUGUUAAACUAUUAAAAUUAAACAGUCCUGAAUGGUAUUAUAUAGUGAUGGGCAGUUUAGCGGCUUUGAUCAAUGGUGCUAUAAUUCCAUUAGUGUGUGGGCGAAAAAUUCCUAUGGUCUAUUUCGACAUAAUGGCGGUUCGCGGUAAUGCCGGUGUAUCUGGUAAUCUUGAUACCACGCCUGAACGAUGA